AUUAGACUAGUGGUUGAAGAGGGACUCAAUCAGCUGCCAUACAGCGAGUGUACAGUGACCACUCCCACAGGUUAGAAAUUAGUUUGAAAUGAUAGAAAUUGGGCAAAUACUAUACAUUACAGGAUUACUGUAACAUUUCUCACCAAGAACAGAACUGACUAUUUUAAUCUCUCUCUCUCUCUCUCUCCCAACUCUUCCUUCAGGGCAUAAAUAUGAUGGUGUGAAGUUUGAGAAAGGCAACUGCGGUGUCAGCAUUAUGAGAAGCGGUAAGACACUGAUUAUAUAGGAGAUUUAAGGAAAAAUACAUCUGAAUUGGUCUGACUAGAAUCCCUGGCUGGUGGAUUUGCCUAUAAGCACCUGACAUAAUUAGUACUAUUCACUCACUGUUUGACUUAUCAGUUGCUCAUCAUUACUACGUCUUGUAUGAAUUACAUUUGAAUGAACUGAGUGGAAUUCAACAUCUAUCCAUUGCGGUGUGCGCGCGUAGGUGAGGCCAUGGAGCAGGGCCUCAGAGACUGCUGCCGGUCCAUCCGUAUUGGUAAGAUCCUCAUCCAGAGUGACGAGGACACCCAGAAGGCCAAAGUUUACUACGCCAAGUUCCCCCCAGACAUCAACAGGAGGAAAGUCCUUCUAAUGUACCCCAUUCUCAGUGAGUAUGGAUAAUCAUGUACCCCAUUCUCAGUGAGUAUGUAUCAUCAUGUAGCCCAUUCUCAGUGAGUAUGCAGCAUCAUGUACCCCAUUCUCAGUGAGUAUGGAGCAUCAUGUACCCUAUUCUCAGUGAGUAUGGAGAGAGUAGUACUCACAUUCCCCAUCCUUAAUCACAGUGCAGGGGGGUUACACACAUGUAAACGCAAAAGUCUUUACAUGUCUGUAGGCCAAGCACCGGUUUUAAAACCCCGCAGUGGAAAAGCACCAACAGACUCUCAAUACAGUACUUACUCCUCUUCAGGACAAAGAGUUCAGGUGAAGUGUCGCUCUGCCCUGGGCCCAAGGAACUGUGCUGUUGGAGUCACUUUUUGAAUGAACCAGAAAUGAGGACUAAAUUGCUCCCGUUAGCAAGGCAUUAGUGUAGUAGUCAUGGGCAUCCCCUGUUUUUAUGAAGAACACUUGAUAGUGAGACUUUUCCACUUGAUUUGCUCUUUGCAACACGAUUUCUGUUAAAUUACAUCUUCCAGCUAAGAUAAUUGUGGGAAGGUGUCCUUUAUUCGGCUCUGAAAAUGACCUUGGUAGGUAGCAUGCUGCAUAUUUUUCAGCAUCAUUUACCCCAGGCAGAUAAUUAUACGUUUCUGAGGGAAACCAUAAAGAGCUCACUGGACGGCAAUGAAAAUGAUGAAUAGGCCAAAUGGAGCCACUGAGAGUGAAGUAAGGGUCAUCUUUUUGUCCACUAACUAGCAUCCCUCUCUGGGAGGAUGAAAACCUGCCUUGAGACAGAUCAAAAUGACAUUUUGUUACUUUAUAGAAAGUAGCAGCAGAUUAGUCAUAGUAACGAUCACACAAGGCAAGACUUCAUUAAAUGUUGCCUGUUCCUCUGUCAAGUCAAGUCACUGUGAUGUCUGUCCUGUGUUUAUGCUCAUCUAAUAUACAUAUGUUCUGCCUUUAGGUACAGGUAACACAGUGAUCGAGGCUGUGAGAGUUCUGACUGAACAUGGUCUCUGGGCUAAACAUAUCAUCCUCCUGAGCCUCUUCUCCACCCCUCAC